UUGGUCUUCCACUCCAAAUGGAAGAAGUACCAGCAGCACCAAAUGAGGGGAUAAGCCUCUCUGCUCUUAGAAGCCAGUUCUCUGUGAAUGGGGAAGAAGGACCCAAGUAUGGCUUUGAUGGCAGCAGAUAUCACUACGGCGAUGGGACCAGCGUGGCUUCUCAGAACUCCUCACGGAUCCUCACAGGUUACGACACUCUGGAUGUUGGCCCAAAUUAUGACUUCUAUGCGAACACAAAUGCACUAGGGAGGGUGCGUCGAUCAAGACCAUCCCUCUUUCAGCUUCACUCCAACAUUGAAGAGGAUUCCUGUCCCCCUCCUCUGUAUGAGGAGACCAACACAGGCAGAGCACCUGGGGACAGCUCAGAAGAUGAUGUUGAGGAGCCUCAGUCAGAACCCACCAGGUUUGGAUGGGUGAAGGGAGUCAUGAUCCGCUGCAUGCUCAACAUCUGGGGGGUGAUCCUGUACCUGCGGCUGCCCUGGAUCACUGCGCAAGCAGGGAUUGGUUUGACCUGGGUCAUCAUUCUGCUGUCCUCCUGCAUCACUGGCAUCACGGGCCUGUCCACCUCCGCCAUCGCCACCAACGGAAGGGUCAAAGGAGGUGGAACCUACUUCCUAAUCUCUCGUAGCCUGGGGCCAGAGCUGGGAGGAUCCAUUGGACUCAUCUUUGCCUUUGCAAAUGCUGUGGCGGUUGCCAUGCACACUGUGGGCUUCGCUGAGACUGUGCAAGCAUUGAUGCAAGAGAGUGGUGCUAGCAUAGUGGACCCCAUUAAUGAUAUUCGCAUCAUUGGAGUGAUCACUGUCACAUGUCUGCUGGCCAUCUCAUUGGCUGGGAUGGAAUGGGAGGCCAAGGCCCAGGUUCUCUUUUUCAUCGUCAUCUUGGUGUCCUUUGCUAAUUACAUAGUGGGGACCAUUAUUCCCGCUACACCUCAGAAGCAAGCAAAGGGCUUUUUCAGUUACCAAGCGGAUAUAUUUGCUGAAAACUUUGUACCCAGCUGGCGUGGGCCUGAAGGCAACUUCUUUGGCAUGUUCUCCAUCUUCUUCCCCUCAGCCACAGGGAUCCUGGCAGGAGCCAACAUCUCUGGGGACCUAAAGGACCCUACAGUAGCUAUUCCAAGAGGAACAUUGAUGGCUAUAUUCUGGACCACUUUAUCUUAUCUCAUCAUAGCAGCAACUAUUGGAGCCUGUCUGGUACGAGAUGCGUCUGGAAUUAUGAAUGACACCUUGGCCAUGUCUAGUGCUGAUAGCUGCCAGGGUCUGGCCUGUCAAUACGGCUGGGACUUCACUGACUGUAUUACUAACAGAACCUGCACUUAUGGCCUCAGCAACCAGUACCAGAGUAUGAGUUUGGUGUCAGGGUUCGCCCCUCUGAUCACUGCUGGGAUAUUUGGGGCCACUCUCUCCUCAGCCCUGGCCUGCCUUGUCUCUGCACCCAAAGUCUUCCAGUGCCUCUGCAAAGACAACCUGUAUCCAGUCAUUGGUUUCUUUGGGAAGGGUAAUGGAAAGAACGACGAACCAAUCAGAGGCUACGUCCUGGCGUACAUCAUUGCUGUCUGCUUCGUUCUCAUUGCUGAGCUCAACACCAUCGCUCCCAUCAUCUCUAACUUCUUCCUGUGCUCCUACGCUCUCAUCAACUUCAGCUGCUUCCAUGCCUCCAUCACCAACUCCCCAGGCUGGCGUCCCUCCUUCAGGUUCUACAGUAAGUGGAUGUCCCUGCUGGGUGCCGUGGUGUCUGUGAUCAUCAUGUUCCUGCUCACCUGGUGGGCGGCGCUCAUCGCUAUUGGCAUCGUCAUCUUCCUGUUGGGAUAUGUGCUCUACAAGAGACCCUCUGUAAACUGGGGAUCAUCAGUACAAGCUGGGUCAUACAACAUGGCAUUGUCCUACUGUGUGAGCCUGAACCAGGUGGACGAUCAUAUCAAGAAUUACAGACCUCAGUGCCUGGUCCUCACUGGUCCGCCCAGUUGUCGUCCUGCAUUGGUCGACUUUGUCGGAACCUUCACCAAAAAUCUAAGCCUGAUGAUAUGUGGGAAUGUUGUCACUGGAGGUCCUUCUCCCGCAACCUUGGACACUGCCAGUAGCAACAGUCAUGUUACCUGGCUGAACAAACGGCAGAUCAAAUCCUUCUAUCACGGUGUGGUGGCUAAUGACCUGCGCACUGGGGUUAAGAUGCUGCUCCAGGGUGCAGGUUUGGGUCGGAUCAGGCCAAAUGUCCUCUUGACGGGCUUCAAAAGGGACUGGCGUAAGGACAAACCAUCCUGCAUUGACAACUACAUUGGAAUUCUACAUGAUGCGUUUGACCUGCAGUAUGGAGUGUGUGUGCUGCGGAUGAGGGAGGGUCUGGACGUGUUUCGGCAGGCACAAACACAUGUUAACCCUGGGUUUGAGGCAAGCCCAGAGAGGGGUGUCAACACCUGUGUCCCCCCUGCACCCCCUGCAAAUUUUUCAUUGGACCCUGAUGCCAUGGUGACUGAGCCUCAGCCUCAGCCUUCUACUGUGUUCCAGUCCCAGCAGGGGAAAAAGACCAUUGAUGUGUACUGGCUGUUCGAUGAUGGAGGUCUGACGUUGCUACUUCCCUACCUGCUCACACGGAAGAAGCGCUGGGCAAGGUGCAAGGUACGCGUCUUUGUGGGCGGAGACAUCCAGCGAAAGGAGGAGCAAAGAAAAGAAGUCAUGGACCUCAUCAGCAAGUUUCGCCUUGGUUUCCAUGAUGUUGAGGUUCUGCCUGAUAUCAAUGCGAGACCACAACCUGAACAUGUGAGGAGGUUUGAGGAUCUGAUAGGGCCCUACAGGAUUAACACAGCCCAGAAGGAUGGACAUGUAACAGCUGAGCAGCUGAAUCAGGACUGUCCCUGGAUGGUGUCUGAUGAGGAGAUAGAGACAAAUAAGCCCAAGACCCUUCGACAGAUUCGUCUGAAUGAAGUUCUUCAAGAUUACUCAAGGGACGCCGCCAUUAUAUUUGUGACCAUGCCUGUGGGAAGGAGAGGGCAAUGUCCCAGUGCUCUGUACAUGGCAUGGCUGGAGACUUUGUCUCGUGACCUGCGCCCACCAGUCUUACUGGUGAGGGGAAACCAAGAGAAUGUGCUUACCUUCUAUUGUCAGUGAUAUCUGUUUUAACCAGGUUCAAUGAAAUCACCCAAUGGUCAAGGAAAAUAACAUUGUUAUUGUCAUAAAUGAUAAUGCAUUAGAUGUGCUCUGGUAGAAGUCCUCUGGUUAUGACAUUUCACGUGUUUCAUUAUCAUCACUACUAGACACUUUAGCCAUCUGUGAAAAAUGUGAUUAGAUUUAACGUCAUCAUCAUUAUCAUCAUCAUCAGUACCAGAAGCAUUGUUGUCAUUAUCAUCAUUAAGCAGUAGUAAAAAAACACAUUCUUGACUGUUAAACGUGUGCUUGAUGAUAGAAGUUUUGAAGUGUAACACCAGUGUGUAUUUUUAAUUGUCUAUACAUUUUUAUUGUGCCUAUUUAAUUUGGAACGUAAGCAACAAAGGUAAAUGGGAUAACUAGGCUUCUUGUAUUGUGUACCCCCUUGAAAACAUCCCAAUGUCACAAUCAUCAUUCCAGAUCAUUCCAGUUUGAAAUUGAAAUGUCCAUUUGAGUCCCCUGAGAAAAACAGUAAUCUUAUCAAACAAAGUACGAACUGUUUUUCUUCUUCAAAUGGGUAUAGAAUACACAGAGGUGCAAAGUACUUAAGUAAAAAUACUUUAAAGUACUACUUAAGUAGUUUUUUGGGUUAUCUGCACUUUACUUUACUAUUUAUAUUUUUGACAACUUUGACUUUUACUCUGCUAUAUUCCUAAAGAAAAUAAUGCACUUUUUACUCCAUACAUUUUCCCUGACACCCAAAAGCACUCGUUACAUUUUUAAAGCUUAGCAGGACAGGAAAAUCAUCAAAUUCACACACUUAUCAAGAGAACAUCCCUGGUCAUCCCUACUGCAUCUGAUCUGGCAGACUAACUGAACACAAAUACUUUGUAAAUUAUGUCUGAGUGUUGGAGUGUGCCCCUGGCUAUCAGUAAAUAAAAAAUAAAACAAUAA